CUUGUCCAUUGGGCUGGUUGAUUGACAGCAUUCUGCGCAUGCGCGUUGCGGAGUGUCAUCGAGGCAACAUGGCGGCGCUCAGAAAGGGUCUGUUGACCCGAGCGCUUUCUAGAGGAAUAAAACCAGGAAUUUGUACGAAUAUAAUUGGGGCAAGGGCAGCCUCUGGUGCUCCUCAGGGCAUGUUACCCGGCCCAUACCCCAAAACCCCAGAGGAGAGGGCGGCAGCAGCCAAGAAAUACAACAUGACUCUGGAAGAUUACCGUCCUCAUCCUGAUGAUGGCUGUGGCUAUGGUGACUAUCCCAUGCUGCCAGAUAAAUCACAGCAUGAGAGAGACCCAUGGUAUCAGUGGGACCAUCCAGAUCUCAGGAGGAACUGGGGAGAACCUAUUCACUGGGACUUUGACAUGUACAUCAGGAACAGAGUGGACACAUCUCCAAGUCCGGUGGACUGGAGGACAAUGUGCAAACAUCUUUUUGGUUUCUUUGGCUUCAUGAUGCUGAUGUUUGGACUGGGUGAGAUGUAUCCUUCUUACCAACCUGUGGCACCCAAACAGUAUCCCUACAAUGACCUGUAUCUGGAGAGAGGUGGAGACCCUGAUAAAGAACCAGAACCUCCCAAACAUUAUGAAAUCUAAUCCCUCUCUGUUCUGUAACAUGUGUAUAUUUCUCUCUAAUAAAGUUAUUAAACAUAAAGAUAAA